AUGCCAAAAGCAAAGCCCACACGUUCUUCAAAGCGUUCCGAUAAAAAAGACUACGAACGAUCCUCAGGAAAAAAAACCAGCAGUGGAAGCGAAACAACUCGGAAUUCUACUCCUACCACCCCGAAAACUUCCGAGAUCCCGGGAACUGAAUCUGUCACUGGCAAAGAUAUUAUCAUAAUUGCUGGCAGUUACGAAAAGUUACUGUACGGUAUAAAUGGUCAUUGGCUUAGAGCAGGGGAUGAUGGAUAUGAACAGGACAAACCUUCAUUGCGACUCGAGCCGAUCUUUAUCUUUCCUGCUCAUAGUGGGUGCAUCAAGACAGUUGCCGUUGGUGGCAGACAUCUAGCCUCGGGGAGCACCGACGAAGUAAUCAAACUUUAUGACAUCAAAAAGCGUAAGGAAGUUGGUUCUUUAUUGCAACAUGAAGGUUCAAUAACCACGCUUCAAUUUUACGGCAAGAGUCAUAUGUUAAGCGGAAGUGAAGAUGGCACUAUAUGUAUCUGGCGAACAAGAGAUUGGGAAUGUUUGAAAACUCUAAAAGGUCACAAGGGACGCGUGAAUUAUCUGAGUGUCCACCCCUCGGGUAAAAUGGCGUUAUCGGUAUCCAUCGAUAAAACUGUGCGAUUAUGGGAUUUGCUGGUGGGACAGAAGGCGAGUGUUAUCAACCUUGGAAGAGGUAUCUAUAAGGGAGAAGUUGUUUUGUGGAGCCCAUCGGGUGAACAGUACGCCAUUCUGACAACGCACGAGAUCGUGUUAUACAACAUUUCGGACGCGAAAAUUGCACAAAAAUUUCAACUUCAAAAUUCACGGUACCUUUGCAUGCAAUAUCAUACACACGAGAGUCUAGGAGAUUUGUUGAUUGCUGGAUGCGAGGAUAAGACCGUGAGGAUAUAUGAUAUCAAAAGAGGAGAUUGCAUCGCAAAAUUAAUGGGACACAAAAAUCGGAUCAAGAGUAUGUCCAAAAUUCAUUCCGCACCACCUAACCAUCCAACUCCCGUUGCUCUUUUAACAUCCAUUUCUUCCGAUGGGGUCAUCAACAUCUGGAGUUUGGACGAAAUUUUGGCGAAAAAAGGUCAGACAGAACCCCUGACAUCAUAUGACACCAGGACCAUGACGGUUUUGACCGUCUGGGGCCCACUUGAGGCCGCAGAUGUCAAACAUCCUAUUGUCAAGUCUCACACCGUGGCUCCUUAUAUAGUUGUCAAUCAUUCGGCGUGA